UCAACAUGGAGGUGAUGCUACGAUCUCCCGCGCGAAAAUGAAGGAGACUGUGACUUUCCCGGGCUCGUCGACAGCCCGGCUGGUCAAGUGGAAGGUCCAGCCGGGCGACAGCGUGUACCAGGGCACUGUCCUCGCCGUCUGCGGGGCCACAGACGAGGGGGACCGCGCUGACAAUGCGGAGGAGUCGUCGGAGUCGCAGGGUGGGAGGGGGGCGACUGGCGGGCAGGGGAGAGAGGUGAAGAUCCGAGCGGACAGGGUGGGGGUGGUGCUGCAGCUGAGACGGGCGGUGGGGGACGUCGUCUCGCCCGGGACGGCCCUGCUGGACAUCGAGGCCAAAUGUCUGCACCGUACUGUGAUCUGGGACAUGUGUGCUGAGUGUGGGGAGGACCUCAGGAAGGAGGAUGGUCCGUCAGCCCGCUCCCCCAAACAGGGCUCCCCCAAACCUGCGGACACCACAGCAGCAUCAGUCAGCAUGGUGCACACUGUUCCUGGCCUCAGGGUCACGCAGGAGGAAGCCCGACUCCUGGCACAGAGGGAGGAGAAACAACUUUUGGACAACCGUAAGCUGGUACUGAUGGUAGACCUGGACCAGACUCUUAUCCACUCUGCUCAGGAGCCUGUGGAUCCCAGGCUAGUCAAUGGAGUCAGGGACAUCUACACACACGGCAGCCGACCAGAGAUGUUCACGCGGCUGCGCCCCCACACCAGCGACUUCCUGCAGUACGUCUCGCAGUUCUACGAGCUCCACGUCUUCUCCUUCGGGAACCGUGAGUAUGCCCACAAGGUCGCGACCUUCCUGGACCCCAAGGGCAAGCUGUUCUACCAGCGCAUCCUGUCGCGGGACGAGAGUGAGGACCUGAACCGUAAGAACGCCAACCUCAGGUCCCUGUUUCCAUGUGGUGACUCCAUGGUGGCCAUCAUCGACGACCGCGCGGAUGUCUGGGACGACGCCCCGAACCUGGUCCGCGUGAAGAAGUACGAGUACUUCAUGGGGGUCGGGGAUGUCAACGACCCCAACGCCUCCCCUCUCCGACAGACCAAGGCUAAACAACCUGCUAGCUCGAGAGGAGACGCAGGGAAGCCAAACGAUACAGCUGACGAAAAACAAGAAAAAUCUGAACAAUCCACGAACUCGAAAGAAGAGUCAGGUAACAAACCUGCAGAUGCCUCUGUUGAGGAAAACGAUAAAGUAGAAGACAAACCAGGAGGGAACAAUGAAGACCUUUCUGAUACGAAGGACAAAAUGUCUGACGAGAAGGGUGUUGAUGAAGAUAUGAAAGAUAAUGCAGAUUCUGCGGCUCAGGAAAGCAUGGAGGUGACUUCAUGCGAGGAGAAAACAAACGCAACUGUCGAAGGAAAAGAUCAGGAACAAAAUGUUAAUGAUACCACAAAGGCUGACGUUGUGGAUGUUUCCUCCAAGGAAGGAGAAGAAGAAAAUCCUGAGGCAGGUUCCAAAAGAGAGGGUGAAACGUCGUCGUCGUCUUUGAAUCCAGAAAAAGUGGAAGACAAAGACGCGACGGAAACAACGACAGAGACAGCAGAAGCUAACCAACAGACAGACGCCGAGCUCGAGCCUGAAGAGGUUGGACACAUAGAUGAGGACGACUAUCUUCUUCAUCUGCAGGACAUUCUCGUACGGAUCCAUCACACGUUUUACGAGGCGUACGACAAGUACAAGGCGGGGUCGCUCUCUAGCGCCCCCGACGUCAAACUCAUUGUCCCAUUUCUGCGUAAACAGACCCUGCGGGGGGCUGUGCUCCUGUUCAGUGGGGUGAUCCCAACCAACAUAGUUCCGGAGAAGUCGCCCGAAUUCCGAGCAGCAACUCUCAUGGGAGCUCGCGUCGUGCGGAAGUUCUUCCCGCCCGGGAAGGAUGGCGGAAGCGAGCAGGAUAAGGGCGGUACGACUCACCUUGUGGCGGCGAACCUGCGAACGGAGAAGGCGAGGGUUAUACAGGAGUGGAACUCGACGCGGGGGCGAGGCAGCCAGGUGUGCAUCGUGGACAGGGCGUGGCUCUGGUGUUGCUGGGAGCGCUGGGAGCAUGUGGACGAGCGGAUAUUCCCCGUCGUGGACAGCUCCCCCGCCAAGCGGGAAAACCUCAUCGCCGGGACCGUACCACUGCUCCCGACGGGGGAGGCCAGGCCUGCAACCACUGCAGACGCACAGCCAACAAGCCAAGACGACCAGUCUUCCCCACAUGUUCCUGUAAGGGAGGAAGCAGACAGCUCUCUACAGCACGAUGGGAACGCGGAACAAGAGACAGACUCUGAUAGACAGGUUCAAGCACAAAACCAACCUGUGGACACCCCACCCAUACCAACACAACCAGUGGCUCACCAGAAUCUAGUGGAAGAAGUUGCAACAUACGAUCCCGUCACGGGGAAAAGAGUUCGCAGGCAUCCUUACAUGUACCAGCACUACCCGUAUCCCCCUCAGCACGUAAUGUACCCUCCCACCCACGGCAUGUAUCCUACAGAACUGGAGUUCAACCAUCCCGAGAUUAGGGGUGACCACAGGUUCGUCCCCCACCCCUACCCCGAGAAACCCCACAAAGAUGCGAGUUCGGCAGACGGCGAAGAACCGACCUCAUCGCGCGGCACACGGAAACGUCGGCUUUCCACGAUAGCAGAGACAAAUCCGCUCAUGGCUUUCUCCUCAGAAGACAUUGCCAACAUGGACAAGGAAGUAGAGGAAGCCUUUAGUGAAGACAGCGACAGUGAAUCAGAGGGGGAGGGGGGCAGGGGAGAGCGAGAGGGGGAUAGGGGAGAGGACAGUAGAGGGUCUUCAGACACUGUGGUGAGUAAGAAAAGAAAAAGGGAGGAGGAGGAUGGAGAAAAUGGCUCCUCUGGUAGCAGUAGCGACUCAGAGGCCGAUGAAAUGGCUGCUGCACUAGAGGCAGAGUUCUUCUAUUUUACAGGACCAGGCCAAGCCAAGGCUAAACAACCUGCUAGCUCGAAAGGAGACGCGGGGAAACCGGAUGACACAGCAGACGAAAAACAAGAAAAAUCUGAACAAUCCACGAACUCGAAAGAAGAGUCAGGUAACAAAGCUGCUUCUGUUGAGGAAAACGAUAAAGGAGAAGACAAACCAGGAGGGAACAAUGAAGACCUUUCUGAUACGAAGGACAAAACGUCUGACGAGAAGGGUGGUGAUGAAGAUAUGAAAGAUAUUGCAGAUUCUGCGGCUCAGGAAAGCAUGGAGGUGAUUACAAGUGAGGAGAAAACAAACGCAACUGUCGACGGAAAAGAUCAGGAACUAAAUGUUAAUGAUACCACAAAGGCUGCUGUUGUGGAUGUUUCCUCCAAGGAAAGAGAAGAAGAAAACCCCGAGACAGGUUCCAAAAGAGAGGGUGAAACGUCGUCGUCGUCUUCGAAUCCAGAAAAAGUGGAAGACAAAGACGCGACGGAAACAGCUACAGAGACAGCAGAAGCGAACCAACAGACGGACGCUGAGCUCGAGCCUGAAGAGGUUGGACACAUAGAUGAGGACGAUUAUCUUCUUCAUCUGCAGGACAUUCUCGUUCGUAUCCAUCACACGUUUUACGAGGCGUACGACAAGUACAAGGCGGGGUCGCUCUCUAGCGCCCCUGACGUCAAACUCAUUGUCCCAUUCCUGCGUAAACAGACCCUGCGGGGGGCCGUGCUCCUGUUUAGUGGAGUGAUCCCUACCAACAUAGUCCCUGAGAAGUCGCCCGAAUUCCGAGCAGCAACUCUCAUGGGAGCUCGCGUCGUGCGGAAGUUCUUCCCGCCCGGGAAGGAUGGUGGAAGCGAGCAGGAUAAGGGCGGUACGACUCACCUCGUCGCGGCGAACCUGCGGACGGAGAAGGCGAGGGUUAUACAGGAGUGGAACUCGACGCGGGGGCGGGGCAGCCAGGUGUGCAUCGUGGACAGGGCGUGGCUCUGGUGCUGCUGGGAACGCUGGGAGCACGUGGACGAGCGGAUAUUCCCCGUCGUGGACAGCUCCCCCGCCAAGCGGGAAAACCUCAUCGCCGGGACCGUACCACUGCUCCCGACGGGGGAGGCCAGGCCUGCAGACGCACAGCCAACCAACGAAGACGUUCAGUCUUUACCACAUGUUCCUGUAAGAGAGGAAGCAGACAGCUCUCUACAGCACGAUGGGAACGCGGAACAAGAGACAGACUCUGAUAGGCAGGAGAUGGUACAAGCACAAAACCAACCUGUGGACACCCCUCCCGUACCAACACAACCGGUGGCUCACCAGAAUCCGGUGGAGGAAGUUGCAACAUACGAUCCCGUCACGGGGAAAAGAGUCCGCAGGCAUCCUUACAUGUACCAGCAAUACCCGUACCCCCCUCAGCACGUAAUGUACCCUCCCACCCACGGCAUGUACCCUACAGAACUGGAGUUCAACCAUCCCGAGAUAAGGGGUGACCACAGGUUCGUCCCCCACCCUUAUCCCGAGAAACCCCACAAGGAUGCGAGCUCUGCGGACGGCGAAGAACCGACCUCAUCGCGCGGGCCACGGAAACGUCGGCUUUCCACUAUAGCGGAGACAAAUCCGCUCAUGGCUUUCUCCUCAGAAGACAUUGCCAACAUGGACAAGGAAGUGGAGGAAGCCUUUAGUGAAGACAGCGACAGUGAAUCAGAGGGGGAGGGGGGCAGGGGAGAGCGAGAUGGGGAUAGGGGAGAGGACAGUAGAGGGUCUUCAGACACUGUGGUUAGUAAGAAAAGAAAAAGGGAGGAGGAGGAUGGAGAAAAUGGCUCCUCUGGUAGCAGUAGUGACUCAGAGGCCGAUGAAAUGGCUGCUGCACUAGAGGCAGAGUUCUUCUAAUGUCCAUAGUGUAGCAUGUUUCUAACAGAGUAGUGUUAUAGUCAUGUGUAAUGUUUGUAAAAAAAGAUUUAUAAAAACAUGUUGCUGUAAAUGCAUUUAAGUUCGCGACAGUUUUAUGUUUCUGGAUUUUCCUGUUGGCAGCUUCACCGCAAACUCAAAACCACCACAGAAAGUUUUGUUCUAUCGUCUGGACGCCUACCCUUUGUCUUAAGUGCUACAUGUACAUAUUAUACAUUGUACAGUAAUAUGAUAUGAUGGAGGCAACUGUAGUACCCUUGCCCAGUGGCUAGUAGGCGGUUUCCGUAAAGAUAUUAAUAAUUCUCUCAUCUAACUAUGGCGUGUGUGCAAACUGAAAACCACUGUGAACGCUCCAUAUAUUCUCCUUACUGCAAAAUAAAACACCGCAAACUUAAAUGCAUUUACAGUAUAUAAUUGGCCACUUUAAACUUGGAAAGAUGUUAGAAACUUUGACAUGUCUGAUGGCAAAGUUUUAAAGUCAGCAAUUAAUGAUAAAAAGAUCAACUGCGUUAUAAAGGAAAGCAUAUUUUUCUCAUGACUUGAAAUUUCUAAUCCGGUAACAAAAAAGCUCAAGGGUUUGCUUCCCUUGAAAGAUAAAGGAUGUCUUUCCAAGUGUAAAAAUUGCCGUAAUAAAUAGUGUUUUGUUAUAUGUAAAUAUACAGAGCCGCCAAGUUGGACAAGACUUUCAGAUUCGAAUCAAGUUAAAGCAGAGGGCUAGGAAGUUACUGUAUCAGGAAAAGUAAGUUUUGAUACACUUUUUGUACUUAAGGGCUGUUGUAUCUUUCAAGAACACCAAUCUCCUUGAAACUUGAGAAAUGGAUCGGCCAAAUCAGACUUUCACUUUAGACGAUACCUGUAGUUUGGCAAGUCUUCAAACGAUAGUACCGUAUAGUAACACUUGUGUGUGAGUUCAUAUAUUUUAUAUACAGGCCAUAUUGAUUCAGUUAUAUGGAUGACAUCCUUUUUGAACCCCAAAAUUGAUGCAAAAAAUGUUUGUCAUGAAAAAAAGUUGCCAUCACUAUGAAAUUUAAGUGGUCAGGAAGGUUGAACAAGUGACGAAACAUACAGAGUAUUUUCUGAAUAGAUCCUUCAUUUUUCCUCUUUCACAUCUUUGACUUUUACAACGGUACUAUGCAUUUUUCCGAUGUUUUUAUUUUGUUUACAAACUAUGGCAUACAUUUGGUCAUUUUGCGGCUGCAUUGUAAAAAUUACAGUCUGGUAGGAAACUUUUUUCUGGAGAUGGACAAAAAUUUAUGCACGUAGGGAUGUCUUCCGUAUAAUCAAAUGAACAUGACCUUAUUCAUGUAGGGACCAACAACCAUUCGGGUUGGCUAGAAAAUGUAGUAAGAAUUUUUUGCUUUUUUUCUACAGCACGUGAAUUCUCUACAAUUUUUUCAACCAACAAAUUGUACAAUUUUAUAUUCAUGCAAUAUGGUAAAGCAUUGUCAGAAGAUGCAUUUUUGUACAUCUGUGAUUAUAUGUCCAACAA